CGGCACCGGCACCGGCACCAGUCCCAGUUCCCUCCCAGUCUGUUCCAGCUCCGUGUUCACACACUUACAAAAGGCUUCAGGCAACAACUGCUAUCUCAAGUUAAGGUCAAUCAAUACAGCUGAUGUGCUGAUGUUUAAUUAUAGACACCCUGUGUGUGCUGGUUCUUCCAUGACCUUGAUGGCACAGGCAGUGGCAGCUAAAACCCUGCUUUACUUUGUCAACACUGAGAUUCACUCCUACGUUAUAAAACAAGUUCAGGGGUUGUCACUAUCUUCCACACCAGUGCAUCUGAUCUCUCCUGACAAAGGGGCAUGAGAUGGUUGUAUUCAUCUCAUGAAUACCCUGUUAGAGGUUUUUCAGCAGACACAGUCUGGGCUGUUUGCUUCUAUUCACCACACGUUUCAGUCAUGAGGGAGAACAGCUGUACUUAUAAGAGCUUUUAAGAAACCACUGAAUUCACUAGGACACCAGUUACUAUUGUAGUAGGUCAGUGUGUCUCCAGCUGUAUCCUGAUUUCCAGUAAUAGACCUAAUCUUCUAAAUCAAUAUGUGAUUGCAGCUGGGACGCCUCCACCAUUACACCAGGUGCUGGCUGCCCUUGGAUAGCUCCUAGCACCACCGUCCCGCAGAGAGCGGCUUCUCCAAGGCCCAGCACAGCGCAGGGAACUCUGCUCAAUCCUUCCUGCUUCCCUAAGGAUUCCAUCCCAUUUUCCCAAGUCUGAUUCACCCUCGGGGGUCUCUGCUUCCCAGCCACCGCGCCGCUCUUUUGUCCUCGGUGCGAGGCCUCGGCUGAGCUCCUCUUUCUCGUAUGUCAACACUCGCCCUUAAUUAGCGUCCGCCGCACGAGACACUCCCGCUCUCCAAAGGGCCGCGCGUGCGGCUGCUCGGACAAAGCGCGGGGGCCGCUGAGGGCGCCCGGACACCGAGACCAUCCCCCGCGAUUGUGGGUGUGUGACAGAGGGACACACGGACUUUGUUGUCGGGACAGAGCUGCCUUGGCAGCCGCAGGCCAGGCACAGAGGUUUAUCCCUCUAUAUAUCUGUAUCUAUACCGGUGCUGCGCCAGGUCCUGCCCGGGCACCGCCGCAGCGGCGCGGGGAGUCCGGCCCGUUCGGGCCAUAGGCCCUGCCAGCCCCCGCCUCUCCCCGCAGGACAGCGCAGCCCCAGGGGACGCCGCGACUCCCCGCGCAGCAGGUGGCGCACCAGAAUGAAAGACAUGGACAAUAUCCAAACUGUAAAGAAAGAAUGGGUGUGUAAAUCAGGAACCAGUGAUCAGAUUUUGAAUGGUACAGAACAAAACUGUGAGUACUUUGUAGAUAACCUGUUUGAAGAAGCUCAGAAGGUUGGUGCUAUGUGUGUGCCCCCAACUACAGUCCAGAAUCAGGUUGAUGUCAUCAUUAAACUUUGGAAAAACGGGUUUACGGUAAAUGACAGUGAACUUCGGAGCUACACUGAUGUUGCAAACCAGCAGUUCUUGGACUCCAUUAAAAAGGGGGAACUGCCUUUCGAGCUACGAAAAGUUUUUGAUAAGGAGGAGGUAGAUGUGAAAGUGGAAGAUAAAAAAGAUAAGGUGUACUUGUCAUCGAAAAAGCCAGUGUUUCAUCCCUUUUCUGGUCACGGUUACAGAUUAGGAAGUGCUACUCCAAGGAUAAUCUCUAAAGUGAGAGAUGAUCAUCAAGGACCUGGUGACAAAAGGCACCUGCCUUUAGUACCCUUGAAUGAUUUGGAGCCUAUCACUAACAUCCAGAUCUGGUUAGCUGAUGGGGAAAGGAUCAUUCAGAAAUUCAAUGUUUCUCACAGAAUAAGCCAUGUCAGAGACUUCAUAACAAAGUAUCAAGGAUCGGAGGGAAGUGUUCCCUUCACACUGACGACUUCCCUGCCCUUUCGAGAGCUGCAAGAUGAGACACUCACGCUGGAGGAAGCAAAGUUGCAGAAUGCUGUUGUUGUUCAGAGACUUCGGAAAACAACUGAACCUUUCAGACUCUUAGUGAUAAAAGCACCUGACAAUGACUAUAAAACUGCUGCUACCCCUAAUGGACAACUCAAGAAUGAGCAAAAAAAUGCUGUCAGUAGUACAAGAUCGAAUUAGCUUUCAACUGGCCAAAAACUAGAUGCAGGGGAAACUAGGCAAAACCAAAAAUGUAACCAGCAAUAUGUGGAUGCCCUCACAUCCUCAUGCACUGUGCUCUUAGAGAGCAGUAUGGGUGCUGUGCUAUCAUCUGCUGUAAUAAGUAUUUUCAGCUAGACUGGGUGGUCAGAGCCUGGCUGUAUAACAUAGCAGAGGUAACUGUACAGCAGAUCAUCCUUAGAAUUUACUUAGAUAAAAGGCUUCGUAGUUAUUUAAUGAAUGGGUUUAGAUGGAACAGUUCUCUGAGACUUAAUUACUACUGAUAGCACCUCUUAGGGAAAAAUAGUAUUUAUUUUUGCACUUUGGACUAAACUGAAGCAUUUCACUUACAUUGUGGUGUAAACUGCUGCAGGUUGCGUUCUUCUCACAGUAACUUUUAGACAACAGAUGCUGCAGGGAACUCACAUUUGGACUCUUAACUUGAAAAUCUUCAGGAUCUUUGGGAUUUAACUUUUAUCACAAGAUCUGCAGUGUAAUAAUGUUCUGUCAAGUCUGUACAUGAUGGUAGGUGUAUGUGUGAGAGGAUAGAAAUGAGGUAGUCUGGUGCAUACUGCAUAUGAAGUGCCUCAAAGUAAGCUCUGAAGGAAUUGUUAUUACCAAUGGUUGAAGUGGUUUCUGCCUCUUCUGGGCUGCUACGGGUGUCUUACAGAUCAGGUGAUGUUAAAACUACCUAGCUCAUUAGCAUAGAGAUCCACUUUUAGCUUUGUCACACAAAACCUUCUGCUUUUGUGGCACUGGCAUACAGGAGUAGUGGCUUACAGUUGUUUUUGUAUUCUUUAUCUGCCUCUGCCCUGAACUGACCAGCUGAUUGAGACACUAAUUACACAUAGCCAAGUUUCAAAGAUCUUGAAAAUCCUUAUUUGAAAACUGAGGUUUUUCUCCCCCCCCCUUGCCCCAUUUCCACCCAUAUCUUUUAUUUUGCUAUUCAUGUACUUGAGGCAUAAAAAUUGUAGCCAACUAUUCCAUGUUUUCCUAAAAGAGAAAUCAACAUAAAGACUAAAUAUUUUGUACUGUGUUUACUAAGCAUGUGGAUUUGUGAAUGGAACUAAAGUCUCUAGGUAAGACUUAUCUCAGGACCUUUGGUAGAUGCUGACUAAUCUGUACUAUGUAAGACAAUGGGUGAUUGUUGGGGUUGUACUUCUUUUGCGUGGUUAAAUGAAAGAUGGUUUGGGAUUUUGCUGGUUUUGUUCUAAAUAGAAAAUUGCUUCAUUGGAGUGACUUGUAUUCUAUCUGAAAAUUGGGAGACUUCAAACUAUGGGUGUACUUACUUCAUUUCCAGGGAUAUAAAACUGGUUUGCCUCAGCAUCUCUCUUGGUGUGUUUGAGGACAGUGAAAUCAAAGUCAACUGCACAAAAAUCUAUUCAGUGUUCUUAGAAAGCAAAUCUCUGAAAACCAUGCAGUUCACUAUUUCAGUGCUGUAAACUUCAUGUGCUACUGUGUCAUUUGAGUUUGUGUAGCAGGUAGUAGAACUAAAUUUUCUUGGCUCUUGCACUGACUCCCCACCCAUGUGAAAAACAGGAAGAAAUGUGCAGACAAAUCCAGUAGUAAAACUGUAAAGACAAACCACCUACAGACUCAGAUCCAACCCUAAGUUCUCAGAGCUUCCUGAACAGUGAAUUUUAUUAAUCAGUGGUUUUGAAUUUGUCCUAAUGUAAAAAUAAGUGUUAGAAAACCACACGUGCUUGAUAGCGAGCUCAGUUCUUAUCUAAAAGGUGCAUGAAAUGUCAAAGUAACAGUGUACUAUUCAAGCAUUGGUAGCACAGAAAUUCAAAGAAAUAAUUAGUGUCAGAUUGAAAUCGAUGGGGGGGAGUGUCAAAUUGUAGGUAAACCCAUUUUGCUUGCUGUCCUUUGGAAAGUAUUUUGUAUUUCAAUGUUGAUUCGUGUCUGGUGCCAGCAUUUUAAGAGAUUGCACAGCUUGGUUCUACCUUGCUGUAUAUUGUGCUUUACUGAAAUCAGCUGUGUCUGGCUAAAGCUUUGGUGUACUUGAGUGUGCAUUUGCAGUUUGAAAGUGUCAUGAUCCUAAUUACAAAAUGACAAAGAACAAAUCUUUGAAAAGUCUAAAAUGAUGCUGACUGCACUAAUCCUGUGUUAGAUUAGAAAGUGCCUUUAAAAAAGGCAAUGAACUGUGAUUGGAUAACUUAUUUCCUAACUUGGAGAAAAUCUUUGGAGUGAAUACAGGGCUCUCCUGAAUCUAAUUGGGUUUUUGUCAGCUUGUAAAGACUGAUUAGCUACCUGUAGUGUCUGGACAGCCUAAUCUCUUGCUCUGUGCUGUAGACAGCUAUUGUGCAUUGGUCAGACAACAGUAAAACUGGCUUGAUCAAUGCCAGAGUUUGUGAAACACACAAGUACUAUCAGUUAUUCAUUGUUUCUUCGCAAACCUUUGCUGUUUUGAGUAAAGCCUGUGCAUUAACAUGAUUUACAGCAAAAUUGAGAUAGCCAAGAAAAGAACAAAGAAAGGAAAUUUUGUUUUUUCCCCUGUUGGUUUUCCCUUUGUGAAGAAACAUGCAAAUGGAAGUAACAAAGAUUUAGUGUGUUACAAGGAUGAUGUGUGAAGAGAAAAUGGAGAACCUAAAUGCUGAAUUUCAAUGUUAGAUGCAUACCUUGUAUCUAGCUUGGUACUGGGCAGUCUGUCUGUGUUUUGAAGCUCAUCUGGCCUCAGCCUUUGAGGACCACCUGGGAACCCAAAAGCUCCAGAGAGUUUUCAACAAGGCCUGUUAAGGCUGUAAUCUCAGUUUUCUGUUGGAGGUCUGGUUUUAAGAAAAUAAUGCCUCAUUUUUUAAGUAUUUUGCAAAUUUGCAAUAAUUAGUCUUGUGAAAUGAGACUGCACAGGAUUUGCACGUCAGUACUUUAUGGCAUGGUUUGCGGUGGCUGCCCAGUACUCACAAGGUGACCCUGCAGAGAGCUCUUCAAAUCAGUCAAGCCACAAAGCCCUGUGCAUAUAGAUUAGUCGUCAUCUUCCCAAGACAGGCAGGUCACAAGUCCUCCGGUCUUUGUUGGCUUCAUUAAACCUUCUUUCAGGCUGUCUCACUGUUGAAAGAA